GACCAAUUAUAGUUUUUUUAGCGGCUUUAGUAUAUUGAUGAUUUACAUUUGCGGCCACAUUGCACAACGCUAGCACAAAACAACAACAGCGAACGGGGCGCAAACAACAAAGUUAGUCGAAGGGCGCUGCAGAAAAGAUAAAGUUGUGGUCGGUCGUUCAAAUGAAUAGUGAAGCCUCAUUACUGCUGCAGGCGGGCCAAGUUGCCAAUAAUGUCGCCGCCGCCUCAUCCUCAUCCUCUUCCCCCGUCUCUGAUGCAACCGCUUCGUUAACGGAACCCUACUCCAGCACUGAUUAUUACAUUGGCGUUGGCUUGGCAGUCUCCUCAUGUUUCUUCAUCGGCUCCAGCUUUAUCAUCAAGAAGAAGGCGCUGUUACGUCUCAACCGCCUGGGAGAGGUGCGUGCGGCAGCUGGAGGAUUUGGUUAUUUGCGCGAAUGGAUCUGGUGGGCGGGACUGUUGACAAUGGGACUCGGCGAGGCUGCUAAUUUCGCUGCCUACGCUUUUGCGCCAGCUUCACUUGUGACGCCGCUAGGCGCCUUGAGUGUAAUCAUCUCGGCUGUGAUGGCUUCUAGAUUCCUGAAUGAGAAACUCAAUCUUUUGGGCAAAAUUGGCUGCUUUCUGUGCAUUAUUGGAUCAACAAUUAUUGUGAUACACUCGCCCAAGGAGAAGGAAAUCGAGGAUCUACAAGUGCUCUUCGAAAUGUUGCAGGAUCCUGUUUUUAUACUCUAUGUCAUCUGCAUCUUUGGCUCCAGUGCAUUUGUGGCGUGCUUUGUGGCACCGCGUCAUGGACAUACAAACGUUUGUGUCUACAUCUUCUUGUGCUCUGGCAUCGGUUCAUUGACUGUGAUGUCCUGCAAAGCUUUGGGCUUGGCUAUUCGGAGUACGAUUGCCAGUGGAUCGAAUGUGUUUGGCACAUGGAUGCCAUGGUUCCUCAUUGUGGUCACCGUCACCUUUAUUGCCAUCCAGAUGAAUUAUUUGAACAAAGCUCUUGACAUUUUCAACACCAGCAUUGUGACGCCCGUUUAUUAUGUGAUGUUUACGACGCUUGUUAUCACGGCAUCGGCCAUUUUGCUGAAGGAGUUUACGCACAUGAAAUUCGAGAAUAUCCUUGGCGAUGUCUGCGGAUUUUUGACUGUUAUUACGGCAGUAUUUAUGCUCAAUGCUUUCAAGGAUAUUGACAUAACGCUAAGCGACGUGCGAGGAUUGAUGCGUCCAAAAAUGCAACGGGUUUCACAGUUCGAUGAGGAAGUGCUGGUCAGCACUAAUCUGAAGGAGCGUCGCUUCUCAUAUGGAUCAAGCGAUGUCUUCCGCAAGGCAUGACAUAAGCAGCGUUAUCAAGUUUAGUUGUUUCCCUUGGCGCAAACUUGAAUCCCGUUCAUUAGCAACGAACAAUCCAAAAAGUGUGUGUUUCUUCUCCUCCUUGACUUAUACACGCAACCAUAUCAUGAUAGAUAUCAUUCAUUGUUCCUUCAUCUUUGUUAACCAGACAUUCGUUAAAUUAAGCCCUAGUUCUACGAUUCUUUUUUUUAAAAACGAUGCAAAAAUUGUACAUAUAUAAAUUUAAUUAUAUGUUAGUCUGCAAAAGUGACGAAUUCUUAUACUCUUAUAUUUAUCAUUAUUUAUAUCAUUCUUUUAGACCAGAAAUGCAAUUGACCCUGUGAUACUUCUUAAACCGUCAUGCGAAAGUCUGCAAAAGUUACCGUUGUUUCCAUAGUAACAUUACAAUUUACCAAAUAAUCACAAUAAUUAUGGAGACAAAUUACAGCUUUUGGUUUUUUUAGCGCAGUAUUAACUUCAUCUAAACAUCAAAAUCAAGACCUUUAAUCUAAUUG